GCAGAGCGGCAAAGCAAGUCCUGUGAAGUGAAACCUUCAAAGUGAUUUUCGCGUGCCUUUGAUCCACUUGGCAGUCCGUGUGCGCGUUUCGAACGUCGUCCGUCGUGUCUCGCGCCUCCCUCUUUGCGUUUGUGUGCACGCAAGACGAGACGCUCCAUCGGCCCCCCAGCCCACACCCUCCUUCACUCGGGAGCCGAGCGGAGAGCGACGACGCGGGGCGCAACAGGCGAGUGCCCCCCCCCCCCCCGCCCGCCCGCAUCUUCUUCUUCAUCUUUUUAUGAAUUUGGCGUGGAAAAGAAAAGACGACAGAAAGUCGGGCUCCAGUCCGCUCCCAGCCACCCCACCCCCCCGCGAGCGAGGAUGGAGGCCCUGGUCGCGGUGCUCAAGAGGCACCCGGGAGCGUCGGUGGUGCUCUUCUCGGCGCUCUUCAGGGUGGUCCACGGGCUCGUGCGGAAGCUGCCCCCGCCCGCGGCGGUGCUCCGGGACGACUUCCGAGCGUGGAAGUGGAGGAACCUCUCCGUGUCCAUGGUGCACUCGCUCGUGACCGGGACCUGGGCCGUCUCGAGCGCGUUGGUUUGGCCCGAGACGAUAAGCGACCUCCACUCUCACCACACGUCGCUGUCCUACCUGCUCGUGUGCAUUUCAACAGGAUAUUUUGUGCAAGACGCGGCAGACAUCAUCCUGACGGGACACGGAAAAGAAUCCUGGGAAUUCCUCAUCCACCACACACUUGUGAUCUGGUGCUUCAUGUACGCACUCUACACGCAGCUGUACGUGGCCGGCGCGGUGGUGGCGCUGUUCGUGGAGGUGAACAGCGUGACGCUCCACCUGCGGCUGCUGCUCAAGCUGGCGGGCGCCGCCUCCUCGACCGCCUACCGCAUCAACAAGGUGCUCAACAUUUGCACCUUCGUGUCCUUCCGCCUGGCACCGCAGUUGUACCUCACCUGGUACAUCGGCAGCAACUACUCGUGGCUGGACAACGCCUUCCUCUUCCUGGCCUCCAUGAUGGUCAUGAACGUCAUGAUCCUGGUCUACUUCUACCGUCUCAUCUGCUCCGACUUCUUCUGGCGCGGCGACCACGCGGACCGCAACGGCACGCGCGACUCCAAGAAGUUCCUCACCGAUUGAGCGACGCCUUUGUUGUAGCUGUUUGGAGCAUUCUGAAGAUGGUGCAAAGUCGGAAUUCGGUGGUUGCGAUGCUUGCUUGACUACGUCUUGGGAUCCUUUUGAUAUUUGCGUAACACUUGAAGCCUCAAAGAUGAGAUUUUGUGCAUUUUUCUUUCACAAUUUACAACCGGUUCACACAUAUGCCGUACGCUCAAGAGGUUCUGGGUUCGAACCCUGGCUCUCCUUGGGUUUUGCCGGCUAUUCUUAUUGAAUACUUUUUUGGGGGUUAUUUUUCCCCCCCCCCCCAAUAUGUGCCUUUGCGAAUUCCCAUGAGCUGGGUGUGCCAACGUGAAAACGGCUUUACAGUUACCGUGAUGAGUAAGGGCGGAGCCAGUUAAUUUGGGAGUGGCGAAGCGAAGCGCAUGCGAGCCUCCAUCAAGACUCAUAAAAGCAUUGAGGGCGUUUUCGCUCGUGGCGGCAGCACUUCAUCACCGAUAUGACACUUGGUAUUUUGCAGGCCCAAGUGUUUGCUUAAAUGCCAUAAAAAGUCCUUUUUCUGUGAUAUGUCCUCUUUGGUAGCUGUUAGCUUAGCACACAGACCCCCGUUGAGAAUUCCAAAAUGGAAAAGUCUGCGCUUUCCUCUUUUGAGUCUUUCAGGGUACCCGCAAAGUCUUUUACAAUGUUUACCUUUUGAUGUCUGUCAAAUGUUGAUCUGAACGUCCGCAAGUGCACAUUCGAGCUAAGACGCAUUUCACUUAUCCCAAAAUGAUGCCAUAAAUCAGCCGUCAUCCAAAUAUUACAUUGUUAUUUGAUUUCAAGCAAGUUAACAAUAACAAGUGCACGGACAGAAAUGAAGAUAGAAUAUCUGACCUGUACAGCAGUGCCUUUUAAAAACACAACAAAUUAGUUCGAGUUAGUGCAGAAAUUGCUUUGAUGCCAUUUUGUUCUUUAAUCACUAAACACUUGACUGUGACAAUAAUGUGUGUUCUUAUGAAGUGACGACAAAUGUGUUUUGAUUCGGAGUGAAACUACUAAUUAAACUUGCUAAAUAAAACAAA